CUUGCACGUGCAUAGCAGGAGAUGCAUGUGGAAGAAGAAGAAGACGAAGAAGAAGAAGAAGGGUUACUGGCAGACACGUUGCGUUGGCUCUGCUUAUCAGCCAACCACUGCUGAUCUUUGGACCCUCUCUUGUUGAGCAAUAGCAGCCAAGAGAUAUUUUGGACACAAAGGCAGGCAGGAGAAGACACGUUAGAUCAACGGGAAGGAGAAGAGCGCAGCUUAUGGAGGUCUUUUGAAAGAAGCGACUUUUGAUGUGAGGCUUUGGGGAGGAGAAUGAAAGAUUUAAGGGGCAAAGGGGUGGGCCGGUGGGCUUUGCAGGCUCGGGGUCUGGCCAAGAAAGUAGUUGUGGUGACAGGCAGUGCAAAGGACUCAAGUGAGACAAGGAGGAUUUAAGAUCAGUGACACAGCAAAAGUGGACUUCAACAUGGGUGUGAAGAGCAAGGCUGCCGCGGCUAUCUUAAUUCUGCUCCUCUUCCUUGGCUCCCUCUGGCUUUAUGGAAGUUUGGAUUACCACUGGGAUGCGUGCCUCAAAGGCUACAAUCAAGUGAAUGACCCUCACCAGCUGUCCAACAGCAGUGCCUCUUACGGGAGCGGGGGCCCCCAACUCCUGGAGGUGUGCCAUGGACAGACCUUCCAGGUGUCGCUGCUGCUCACCCACCUGCUGGCGUCACCGGCCUACACUUCUGACGUGCUGCUGCAGCCGUAUCUGUCCAGCUGGGACGAACUUGUAAAGUUUAUGGAUUCUCUGGGUCCAAUGGUUGGCCUUAUAUCUAAAGAGAUUGUAACCAAGACUUCUAUUAUUCGUGAGCUAGCUGUUUUAGCUGACGCCAGCCCGGAAGCAGAGGUGAAUCCAGAAGCUGAAAGUACUUUGCACCCCUCACAAGUUUCUGGUCCUUAUCAGUCGGUGCGCUCCAUGAUCUGGGUGGAGCUAAAGCGAGGCUCAGUGGACUUCCAACACCAGACGGACUCUGGCUGCAGGACUCUUCUCCGCCUGCACCGAGCUCUGCUUUGGUUGAAGCUCUUCCUGCAAAAGUUGGCUGAGAUCCCGGUGGCAGGUCGGCUCAAGAGUCCCUCAGAGCUGUGUCGUGAGGCCUACAAGAGCACCCUGGCCAACCACCACACUUGGUUUGUGCGCCGGGCUGCCGAGCUGGCCUUCAUCGCCUUGCCUGAGAGGGCCUUCUUCUUCAAGUUGGUGUGUGUGCAGAACCAGGAGGAACUGAGCACAGUGCUGGGCCGGGCGACCCGGGCCAUAGGAGUGGUCUAUGACAGGACGCAGAAAGCCUUGGAGGAGAAUGGCAUGCUGGAUUUGCCUUGAGACAGAAGCAUUCUUUGUUCAACACUGGGCAUCAAAACUGGUCCAAAUGUGAAUGAGCGUACAGUAGAAAAACUCUAAUUUAAAUGUGAGGCAUUUUUUCUAACAAAAGGGCAACCCGUUUAUUCGUAGUUUUACCGUUUUGACCCGUAUUUAAGUUCAAGAGACAAAACCCGUUCUGAAGAAUAACAUGCAAACCAGCAGAUGGCGCCAAAUGACUUCUCACUAAGAGAGCUUUUCUUCCUGGCACUCACACGGAGGCGUAGUCAUGAUGCUAAUCUAAUUUUAAGAGUCAUUAAACAACUUUGAGGAAGCUAACAUGAGCUACAGUAGUACCUCAACUUACAAGGUUAACUGGUUCCGUGACAGAGUUCUUAAAUCAAAACACUUGUAUUUCAGAUCAACGUCUCCCAUUAUAACUAAUUGACAUUGGUGCUUGGCCUGCUCAAAACAUCACCAUUUUAACAUCUAAUCUACCUUUUAAAAAGAAACACUAACUUUUACAUAGCAAUUAUUGUAUAAUAACAAUACAAUAGAAUGUACUACAAACAACUACAGCAGUUUUAUGAAGAAUUAUAAUAAUAAUAAUGUACAGCGUUUACCUUGAAGAGUGGAUUUCUACGAUAGCGCCUUUCAGCUGCUUCACCGUCAAACACAGCAUCAAAAGCUUCACCAUAUUCUCAUGGAUACAUGUCCAGAUAUUAUUUUACCGACCUUGACUAGUGUUAGACACUGUCCUUCACAGUCAUUUUAUUCCUUCCCAGAAAACGAAAUCAUAUCAAGCUCUAGCUAAUGCUAGCGAGUAAGACCAGAUGUUUUGGGAAUGCUUCCAACUCAAAAUUUGUGUUUGCAACUCAAAGCAUAAUAAUUAGCCAAGAGACAGCUCUUAUCUCAAAACACCCUUAAGUUGGUGCACUCUUAAGUAGAGGUACGACUGUAAUAUGAUUUGUGCUGUGAUCUAGCAGUCGCCUUAUAUUCUGGUCACUGCGGAAAGUUGCUAAAGAAAAUGUCUCCCUCCCACAUGAGGAGCUCGGAGGCCUUUUAAAGGAAGCUAAUGAUGCAACUUUGGCUUUAGAAAGUACUGAGAUCGGUAGGUUGGAGUUCAAAUCCCAGCCGAGUCAUACCAAAGACUAUAAAAAUGGGACCCAUAACCUCCCUGCUUGGCACUCAGCAACAAAGGGUUGGAGUUGGGGGUUAAAUCACCAAAAUGAUUCCCGGGCGCGGCGCCGCUGCUGCCCACUGCUCCCCAAGGGGAUGGGACAAAUGCAGAGGACAAAUUUCACCACAUCUAGUGUGUGUGUGACAAUCAUUGGUACUUUAAUCUUUAAUCUUAAUGACAAUGCAGCGGUGUCUUAAUUAAAUAUGAAUUCUUUUGAAUGGCCAGCAGAGGGCAAAUUGUAUGGCUUCACUUAACUUAUUACAUUUUUUUAAUUACUUUAAAUAAUGCUGUGGUUUUCAAAGUGGGGGGCAAUAGAAGACUUCAGGGGACUGAGGAAAAUGAACAAAAAAAAACAUUUUUCAAAAAUGGUAGGCUACCUUCAGCUAUACAUGGUAAAGGCUUACCCAGAGUUCUUUUAGUGUGAAUCCGCCAUUUUAUAUAUCGUUUUAGCAUUUGUUGUUUGAAGACUGAAAAUGCUCUGUUGUUGGUUGUUUUAUCCAGCACAAGUCACUACACAAACUUUCAGCCUCGUCUGAAGUAAAAAAAACAAAGUUUUACUUUUAACUUUUAUGAUUCAAGGCAUUGCACGUUCAACUCGGAAAACUUUGGAUGGAUGGAUUUUCCGAAACACUACUUUCAAUGACGUGUGCGGUGACUACUAUUUAUGGCAAUAGACAAUGAAACGAUUAGAAAUGUGUAAAUUAUAUGUUAGUGAUGUUAGCUCGAUUUGUUGUGUAGCUAACUUAGCCUUCUAAUUUUAGACAAAAUAAAUAAUGAUUUUCCUAAAAACUAAUUUUAAUUGGAUCAGCGCCUACUGUGUUUGGCAAUGGACCAGUUACAUUUGCAGUGUCGUUCUCAGGUAGUAGGUAGCCGGUUUGAGCCUCCAUUGUUUACAAGUGCUCAAAGCAGUAGCAGUGAUAGUAUUAACAUGAUAUUGAAUAUAAAAGCAUUUUAGUGUCAAUGUAUGCGUGGAUACGUCCAGUAUUUAGCAUUAGAGCGAUACAGACUCUGUAGAGGUUUAUCCUUAGUGUAUAGUUACAGACCUGCAACUUUUAGCGUCUGCUUCCUUUUUCUGGUCAACCCGCAUAGUCUCCUUAUUGCGCCGACACAAAAACACAGUGAGUCGUCGGUCUCGCUAUAUCAUCAGGGAUGUUGUGUCGUGGCGAAAGUCACGCAAAACAGAUGGCUAGUGUCGGUCAUCGAUGUCCAAAGUGCACAAUUAAAGCUAGAAACCUAAAAACUAGGGGGCGUGGUGAGGAGGGGUUAAUUUGCAAUUUUUUACUGAAGAACCAUCAUUACAUGUUAUGUAGCCCAAAAUGAAGUGUUUUAAAAAUAGGAAAAACAUUUUAAUAUGACCCCUUUAAGUUAUUUUAUGUCUAAGGCCCCGUGAUACGUGAACGUGAGGGCCCCCGUUUUCGUGCGAAUAACCUGAAUGACAGGUGCUUCAUAUUAACCGAUUUCUGUCACUUAUAAGUAUAUAAAGGCACAUUUCCCCUGCCAUUUACUAGGUCCCGUGCGGUGUGUCAUGUUAGUGCUAGUCUUGCAAGCAGAAGUUCUGGCUUCGAACCUGGCCCAAUAUUUUUCAGGUAGAUAUGUAAAUGUAUUAUUUAAUUACAUACAAUUAUUGAACAAUGUAGUUCCUGUGAAUUUGUUUUAGUACGAAACAUGCAUCAAAUUGAAUUAACGUGGGAUUAAAAAAAGUAUAGAAGUAGUUUUGAAAAAAAAAAAAAGUUUUUUGAAAAAUCUUGUCAUUUCAAAUAACAAAAUAUGCUGCAGAAAAUCAGUUUUUGUGUAAUAUACGCAAGACUCCGGCUGUCUUAUGUCCUCAUUUAGGCUCACUUUCCACUUUAAAAAACAUCUGAUUGAAAAUGUCUGAUGUUUGUCCAGUACAGAAUGAAAUUAAUUCCGCAUCUUAUUGAUUGUGAAGGUAGUGGCUCUACUCAUGUGACCAAAAAAGUAUUUUUUAGGUUACUUUUACAGCAGUCAUGCAUAACCCUCACCUUAGUCCUUUAAACACUGCUGAAAAGAGCCUUAAACGUAUAAUAUCAUGUGCCUUUCUUUGACUGUUCCUGAUUGUAAAUACAGUCACUGUUUUUAGAAUUAGUGUUAAAAAAUGCUAUGACAAAAUCGAUAACCGAUAACACACAUGUCCUCUGUAGUGGACAUUUGUUUUGGGGCUAUUUGUCUUUUGGAGGAAAUAGCACUCUUAUGCAAAACACAAAUGUCCACUGCAGAGGACUCUCAGGAGGAUAUACAGUUUAAAAUGGGCUAUACCGUGAAACAGACUUUUUAUGGAACUCCUGUAUCACAUCAUUAAGGUUGACUUAAACUAACUUUUAACAGUGUAGAGUUUGUGCACUACCUCAAAAGUAUCUCCGUCUUAAUGAAUGUGUGCGCUUGGACCUAAUUGUUUAAAGAGUAUGCUGGACAAAUAUGGCGCUUCAUUCAUUUUGAUAUGUGAGGCAUGAAUGUGUCAUUAAAUGAUAUGUUUUGUACUG